AUGGCUCAUUACGCCGCGGAAAAUACAAAUAACUUCACCGUGGUUUCAAUUCAUGAUGGACAGAAUGACCAGAACUCUUCACUUGACAGCACUGAAGCAAGCUUAGAUGUGCAGUACGCUAUCUCCCUUGCAGAUGCAGUGAGAGCGGCCUUCUACACCACCGGUGGAAGAGCUCCUAUAAUCCCAGAGGUUGGCCGGACAAAUGGCACUGAGUCCACAAAUGAGCCCUACCUCGACCAACUACAUUAUCUGCUCAGUCUCUCGGACCAUGAACUUCCAGCGGUACUUUCAAACUCAUAUGGAGAAGACGAGCAGAGUGUUCCAGAGUCAUAUGCAAAUGCAACUUGCAGUCUGUUCGCCCAGCUCGGCGCGCGCGGUGUUACAGUGCUGUUCAGCAGUGGGGAUUCAGGGCCUGGUGGUUCUUGCCUAAGUAAUGACGGGCAGAACCGAACCAAAUUCCUACCUGAAUUUCCAUCUUCUUGUCCGUUCGUCACUUCCGUUGGAGGAACGCACAACACCGACCCCGAAAGUGCAAUUUCCUUCUCUGGGGGUGGAUUCUCGGAUCUUUUCCCACGUCCAACGUACCAGGACACCGCAGUAGAUGGCUACCUCAGUAAACUGGGAAGUCAAUGGAGUGGAUUAUACAAUCCCCAGGGAAGAGGCAUUCCCGGCGUAGCAGCCCAGGCGAGUAACUUCAUGGUUCGAGACCAUGGAAGUUGGGCGUUGGUCGGUGGUACAAGGUUUGUACUUCCCGAUCUUGAAGAAAAGAGACAGACUAAAUAUGUAUAG